AUGUCCAUUUUGGCAUCAUCUAGAAACACUAUAGCACGCGGGUUGCUGCAGAAGCCUUUGUCGGCUACUGUUACUGGUUUGAGCGCUGCGCGCUACUACAGCAAUGGCGAAAAGACGUUGAAAGAGCGUUUCGCUGAAAUUUUCCCAGCCAAGGCUGAGGAAAUCAAACAACUUCGCAAGGAACACGGCAAAACGGUGAUUGGCGAAGUACUACUGGAGCAAGCGUACGGUGGUAUGCGUGGUAUCAAGGGUCUGGUGUGGGAAGGCUCAGUACUGGACCCAGAAGAAGGUAUUCGUUUCAGAAACCGUACCAUUCCAGACAUUCAAAAAGAGCUUCCAAAGGGAGAUGGUGGUUCCGAGCCGCUUCCAGAGGCUCUUUUCUGGCUACUGCUGACAGGUGAAGCCCCAACUGAAUCACAAGUCAAGGCUCUUUCAGCUGACUUGGCCUCGAGAUCAGAGCUUCCAGAACACGUGUCCCAACUUUUGGACUCGUUGCCCAAGGAUCUACAUCCAAUGGCCCAAUUCUCGAUCGCCGUGACUGCUUUGGAGAGCGAAUCCAAGUUUGCCAAGGCGUAUGCCCAAGGUGUUUCCAAGAAGGACUACUGGAACUACACCUUUGAGGACUCUCUGGACUUGAUUGGUAAGUUGCCAGUCAUCGCCUCAAAAAUUUACCGUAAUGUCUUCAAGGACGGCAAGCUACCAAGUGUCGACCCUAACGCCGAUUUUGGUAAGAACCUGGCACAGCUUCUAGGUUUCCAAAACGAAGAGUUUGUCGAGCUUAUGAGACUGUACCUAACCAUCCACGCCGACCACGAAGGUGGUAACGUUUCUGCCCACACGACUCAUUUGGUGGGUUCGGCCUUGUCUUCGCCAUACCUGUCAUUCUCUGCUGGUUUGGGCGGUCUCGCUGGCCCAUUGCAUGGUCGCGCCAAUCAAGAAGUUUUGGAAUGGCUGUUCAAGCUCAGAGAAGAGGUCAAGGGAGAUUACUCCAAGGCCACAAUUGAGAAAUAUCUAUGGGAUACCUUGAACACGGGUAGAGUUGUUCCUGGAUAUGGUCACGCCGUCUUGCGUAAGACCGAUCCUCGUUACACAGCUCAGCGUGAAUUCGCUCUAAGACAUUUCCCAGACUACGACCUAUUUAAGCUUGUCUCCACCAUUUACGAAGUUGCUCCUGAAGUCUUGAGCAAGCACGGUAAGACCAAGAACCCAUGGCCAAAUGUGGACUCGCACUCUGGUAUUCUGUUGCAGUAUUACGGAUUGACUGAGGCUUCCUUCUACACUGUGUUGUUUGGUGUGUCGAGAGCAUUGGGUGUUCUCGCUCAAUUGAUCAUAGAUAGGGCCGUUGGUCAGCCCAUUGAGAGACCUAAGUCGUUCUCUACCGAGAAAUACAUUCAACUUGUCAACGCUAUCAACGCCAAGAAAUAA